AUGGAGCGGAUGUUGCCGCCACCGAUCACACUCGCCGCUGCGCUCGCUGCUGCUGCCGCCUCGCCCAUGAACAUCGCCCUCGCAGCCUUGGCCGUCAUCAUGGCCGCAAUCUGGGCGCUUGGGGGCCGUGGCAUGCAGCUUGGCCUCGAGACCGCAACCGUACUUGUUGGCGCUGUUGUCAACGUCGCAGUCGAGGCAUGGGACGAGUUUUGCGGAGCCAACGAGAUGCGCUGCAGAGUUAUGCGCCAGAUCGCCGCCCUUGCCGCCUCACGUGGGUACUACGUCGACGAAGCCGCCCACAUUGAUGCCCCGCGCACAGAGUCCAAGACCCGCAUCACAGCGCUGCGUGACCACGCUUGGCGCUCACUCCCGCCUGAUCUCCUCGUGGCCGGCGACGUCAUCGAGCUGGAACUUGGCCAGCGUGCCCCGGCGGCUGCCUCGGUCAUAUACGCUCGAUCGGUUGGGUUUGAGCUUGCAGAAGGCGAACCGCUCAAAGAUCUCCUGCCCUGCGACUGUGUGGCAGACCCACCCGCCGAUCAACCGGCUCGCCCCUACGCCGUCGAUCCGAGCCACGAGCACAAGUCGGCCAUCCAUGCUCUCGGCGGUCGUGCUCGCUUCCGUCUCGCCGCCACCCCGGUCACCAAGACUCUCGACGUGGCCCUUUGCAUGCCGGCCAACACGAACAUAUUCUUCCUCGACCGCGCCCACCGCCGCCGCGCGCUCGAGGCCGCCAACCUCGGGCCCGACCACCCGUCACCAGCGAGUGACUCGUUCGAGCAGCAGGAAGAGCUCUCGGCGCUCGCCACCCACCCACACGACGCGCUCGCUCGCGAGGCCGCUGAUGGCCCGCACUCGCGCCCGCACUCGCGCUUGCACCCACGUCAACCACUCGAGGAGCAGCAGGAGCAAGAGGCCGAUGACGACCUCGUCGCCGAUCUGCUCCACGUUGACGACGCUGACGAUGCGCUCUCACUUGAGGCUGCCGAUGGCCCGCCUCCACAGUCGCUCUCGUCACUAUCGUCGUCUUCGUCGUUCUCCUCCGACGUCCUCUCGCCGCUCUCUUCUCGAUCUGCCCGCCCGCGCGGCUUUAACGACGCCCAGACCCACGCCGUCGCGUCGGCCAUGUCGGUGGCUAGCGGCGCACGCCUCUUUGCGGCUGCACUCCCGUCGCUCAUCACGCCUGACGAGCUCCCGAUCGCCGACCUUCCCACCGGCCCGCCUACUGCUGCGUCUGAUGACGCCUCGGUUCUUGCGUCCGAGCCUGUUCCUGACUCGGGCGUUGUCUCGCUCGCCGACAUCGCGCCUAUGGUGACCGGCCUCGAGUCGGCGUCACAGGCUAUCGACCCGGCAUCGACUGCCGCUGACGCCACCUCGGCCGGGCCCGACGGCGACAUGCUCAGCACGCUCACCUUUGCGCCACCCGAGCGCAAGGUUGUAACAGCCGAGCCACCCAAGGUCCCACGCCGCGAGGCGCCGUUCAUGACCCGACUCCGCCUCGGCCGCAAGUACUACAACAACGUUGCACUUGUCCUCGUCGCGCUUGCCGCCGCCGCCAACAUUACCUGGAUCAUUGUGGGCACACAACCGCGCGCGCUCAUCGACUGGCUCGAGAUCCUCGUCCUUCGUCAAGUCUACGUCGUGCUUGCCCUUGUUGUCUCAUCGCUUCCGGUCUUUGUGGUCACCGCUUAUGGCAACGCCCGGCUCCACCUCAUUUUUGACCUGCUCAAGCAAAUCACCCAGCUCAACGAGUCGCUUGCGGCGUCGCCGCUCUUCUCGUCGUCGUCGUCAUCAUCAUCAUCGUCGUCGUCGACCGAAGACGUUGCGCUCAACUCCAACUCGUCAGAGUUCAAGUCGUCUGACCUUGAGUUUGACAUCUCGUCGGACCAGUUCAACGAGCUCGGCUCGUCCGAGAUGGACGAGUUCGACGACGAGUUUGCCAUCCGCCACUCGCGCGACAUGCUCUUUACCCGCAAACGAGCCCUGCUCCCGCUCUCGCUCCUAUGGGCUUCAUUCUGGAAGUAUGUUUCGGGCCGCGGCCUCGGCCUCGCGCGGACUACCAAUCUCCUGUACACGCUCGGCGACACAACGGUCCUCUGCUGCGUCGACGGCUCGGGCGUCAUCUCGCGGCCGUCGCUUCUUGUCGACAAGGUCUUCUUUCUCGCGCCGACCGCCGAGCACCACGUCCUCACCCUUGCUCCACAGGUGCCAUCCGCUGGGCAAGCCGGCGUCGUCACCGAGGGUGAGGAUGUCCCAAUGACAUUUGCCGAGACAUGGGCUGCCGCGCUCUCGCCCGCGGCCUCGACGGGUGGCGCGGUUUUGGACGUCGGCGACGGUGUCUCGGUCCGGGCCACGUCCGGCGUCGUUGUUGCUGCCGGCCCGGCUGUGGGCUCGGGCGGCUCGGUGGAGGAGGCCGAAGCUGCAGAACCGCUGCGAUCGCACCUCCACACCGGGCGGCAGGCGCAGUACGAGCUCCGAUUUGUCGAGGCCGACUGGCCGUCGUUCAUGACCUCGCUGAAGCCGCUCGGCCUCGCUGCUCUUCUCAAUCCGCUCUGUGACUCGCCGCUGCUCGCAUCGACCGUCGACGACCGACUUCGCUGGCUCACCGCGUACCAGAAGCGGCUCAACUCGGCCGAGUCGGGCCGGGCGUGCAUGUGCCUCCUUGCCCAGCAAAUUGGCUUCACCGAUGCCGUCCCGGCCGUCUACACCCGCAAGUACGAGGUCAUGCUUUUCGCCAAGGCGCAGCAGGCCAUCGACGCGCUGCCCGGGUGCUCGACUACGAACAAGUCGUGGGCCGCGCCGUUUCUCAACGCCUCGGUCGUUGCUGACGACGACGGCGAGCUGCAAGUCAUGACCAAAGGCUCGCCUGAGUUUGUACUGGCCCACUGCCUGUGGGCCUUUGACGGCUCGCAAGUUGUCGAGCUAACGCCCUCCGCCCGCGAACGCAUCCUGGAGACCUCGCAAAAGUGGGGCCGAUGGCACACCACUGGCAUGGCCUACAAGCCUGUUCUCUCGGACGCGAGCUGGCUCGCCGACGUUGCCGACGUCUCGGACGUUGUCUUUGCCGAGUGGGCGGCUUCGACGACCCGCCGCGGCGCCGGCUCGUAUGCCGUCCUUGCGUCGGGGACCCAAGCGCGGCGCGGGUACGGCGCCCGGCUGCGAACACUGCUCCGUGGGCAGAUUUUCCUCGGCCUCGUCAACCUGGCCGAGCAGCCCAAGCGGAACAUGGACGUCGUGGUGAAGGAGCUCAACUCGGCCGGCAUCCGGCUCGUCUACUUUUCGCCUGACAACGAGCGCAUCUCGAAGUCGUUCGCCAACAAGCUCGGUCUCGAGACCGACUUUAACACCUGCAUCACCUUGCAGGAGCGGACCGUCGAGAACGUCGAGCACGACCCGCGCGGCAUGUCGGAGAUCAAGGCCCGACUCCCACGCGGUGUGUCCGAGAUGCGAAGCCAUAUCAAGUACGUCGACAACGUCCCGCUCCUUGUACCGCUCUUUUCUGAGGCCACGCCUUCAGCAUCGCGACAAAUGAUGGAGAUUUUCCAAGAGUAUGGUGAUGUGGUCUUCUGUCUCGGCUCGGCGCUCAACUACUUUAACUCGCCCAUUUUUGCGCAGUCAGACAUUGCUAUGGCGGUUGAGCCAUCGCUUCCGCUCCGCUGCCUCCGCCACCGCGAGUCGACGACCGCCGCGGCGCGGGCGGUGGCGCCGUCGAUCAUGCACGCGUACGCGUCCAUGGACGACGUCUCGCGGGCGCUGACGACGCUUCCCUGCUCGCUCAAGGCGCCCAAGGAUACUCAGCUCCAGAUGCUGCUCCCAUUCAUCCGCGAGGGGCGUCGGGUCCAAGACUUGGUCUCGGCGUUUUACAUGUACACGGUGGCGCUUCAUCUGCUCGUCGCGCUUGUUGUGGUCGGCCUCUACGGCCUUGGCCUUGGCGCCGAGGUCUCGGCUGCGGCCGUUCUCUACAUCGCCUGGUUUGUGGUCCCACUGGUUUCUCUCGCCUUUAUGUCCGGGCCCGAGGCGCCGGGCAUCAUGAAGCUCCUUCCGCGCAAAAACGACACCGUCGGGUGGCACGCGCGAGAGCUUCGUGCCAUCAGUCGAGAGCUCGCCUUGCGGGUCGGACCAUCUGCUGCAGCCGGGACCGCGCUAGCCGCCGCUGCACCAGGCGCGGUGGUCACGGUUCUUGUCUGGCUCGCACUCGUUGAAUCGGCCGUCUUCCACCACCACUACCACUCGAUGCGCGUCGUGGCUCCGUGGCGGAACCCAGCGUGGCUCUUGGUUGCCAGUGUAGUGGUGCUCAUCGAGGCAGCCCGUGUUUGGCAGACGGCGCUCCUCGAGCGCGUCAGUCCGCUUUGGUGGGCCUUUUUGGUUUCCUGGGGCGUCGCCGUCGUCAUAUGGGACGAAGUCAUCAAGCGCAAAGUCCGCGCCGCAUUCUUCAAGGCGCAGAAGCGGCUGUACCUCGACUUCAACACCAAGCUUGGCAUGCACUCGCCAGUGUAGCUGAUCAUCAGCGCAUGCGCCCAAGCGACGACUCGCCCGAUGCAGCCACAAACGACGAGCUGGUAGCGAGGCCCGGCGACGAACCGGCGCCGUAGUGCACCGGCGUAGGGACGUGUGUCCGGAAGUGUGACGACGAGUCGUUGGCCUGAACCGAGGAGCGAAAGAGAGGAGCAACAACAAAAGGCGAGCCUGCAGUGGGGGUGGUGGAGAGGAGGGCUUCGGCCUCGCGACCAUGGCGGCGCCGGCGGCGCCGAGCUCCGCUUACACAGCAGUCGUCAAAGCCGUAAACGAUGGCGUUGAA